AUGUCAAGCGAAGCAAUCGUAUGGACGGAUGCAAUGCGUGAGGUGUUAAUUAAAUCGGUACAGCGUCAGGAAUGCAUAUGGAAUUUCUCUAAUGUUGAUUAUCGAAAUGCUGCCAAAAAACGACAAAUUUUUUGGGAAAUUGCGCAGGAAAUGUCGGAAUUGUUUGGUAUCGUAUUUAAAGGUACUCAUACAAGUCGUCAAUGGCAACACUUGCGAGAUCAGUAUAGACGAGCCAAGCGUCGAAUGGAAGUGUCAAAUGUUCAGAUAAAACCGUGGCGUUUCAUGCAAAUGUUGAAAUUUACGGAUGCUACUGAUAUUGCCGAAGCAAAUGAUCCAAUGAGCUACCUAUAUAAUUCAUUCUUGUUGGAUGAUCGGAACGUCCAACAACAACGACCGUAUUCAACACCAAGUGCCUUGAUGUCACAGGAACGUAAGGAAGGUGAUCAGCAGUCUUCAUAUCCUAUUUAUCCAUCCAAAACGGAUGGAUUAUAUCCUGUAACAAGUACCGUAACCGUAACGUGUAGUCCUAGUACAGCCGGGAAUCCAUACAGUUCAGUCGAUCAGACUAACGAGGCUCUGGCGAACAUUGAACGGUUAGCAAACAUCGAACGGACGAUUGAAGCAGUCUCAAAAGCGGAACAGUUUAGCGAAAUAAAACCGGAUGCUUCAUGUCCACCAGUUGUUGGUUCAAAAAGGCGUUCUAGCGCAUUACAAAUGGCACAUGGUAUUGACCGAAAGACCGGGCGAGAAAUUAUCGAUGAAUUUACUCUUUUAGGUCAGUUUGUGGAAAAAAAAGUAAGAGCAAUUUCGAUGAGGAAUCCACGGCUUGGCUUAAUAGUGCAGAAAAAGAUCAGUGAUUGUGUAUUUGAAGCAUCAAUGGAAUUGUUGGAAAUCGAUCAUCCGGAAGUAGCACAGAACAACCAUGUUAAUUACAACGUGAAUUAA